AUGGCUAAUUGUGGCGUUAGUGGUGGUGCUAAAUUUGAAAGCGCGACGGCUAACUGCGGUGUUAGCUCUGUUAGCGGUGGCUGUGGUGUUAAUAGUGGUGAAUCUGGAAGCAUGAUGGCUAAUUGCGGUGUAAGUGGUGGUGCUAAAUCUGAAAACAUGAUGGCUAACUACGGUGUAAGUGGUGGUGCUAAAUCUGAAAGCAUGAAGGCUAAUUGCGGUGUAAGUGGUGGUGUUAAAUCUGAAAGCAUGAUGGCUAACUGCGGUGUAAGUGGUGGUGCUAAAUCUGAAAGCAUGAUGGCGAACUGCGGUGUUAGUGGUGGUGCUAAAUCUGAAAGUGUGAUGGCAAACUGCGGUGUGAGCUCUGUUAGCGGUGGCUGUGGUGUUAGUAGUGGUGAAUCUGAAAACAUGAUGGCUAACUGCGGUGUUAGUGGUGACGCUGGAUCUAAAAGUGUGAUGGCUAACUGCGGUGUAAGCGCUAUUAGUGGUGGUUGCGGUGUUAGCACUGGUGAAACUGGAAGCAUGAUGGCUAACUGUGGUGUUAGUAGUGGUGCUAAAUCUGAAAGCAUGAUGGCUAAUUGCGGUGUUAUCACUAUUAGCAGCAGUUGUGGUGUUAGAGGUGGUGAAUCUGGAAAUAUGAUGGCUAAUUGCGGUGUCAGCACGGUUAGCGGUGGCUGUGGUACUAGCAAUGGCGAAUCUGAAAGUGUGAUGGCUAACUGCGGUGUUAGUGGUGGUGAGUCGACGAAAUGUGGUGGAUGCGGGAGAUUGAAAUCUGUUUGUGUGAUUGUUGCUGAUCUCUCACAUGUGUCUGUGAUGAAUAAAGUGAUGAGGUUUCAUUUGCCAAAUAUUGUUUCAGCACUCGACUUGCUGCAGAUCAACAUUGCCUAA